GGCGGCCACAUUGGACUUUGUUUACAUUUUCCUCCUGCUGGAAUUAUUUAUAAUAACUUUUGUUAUUAACUAUGGUUUGCGCUCUGGGCAUUGAGGGAAGUGCCAAUAAGAUUGGCAUUGGCAUUAUUAAAGACGGCAAAGUCUUGGCCAAUGUCAGGAGAACGUACAUUACGCCACCAGGAGAAGGUUUUCUGCCCAAGGAGACGGCCAAACAUCAUCGGGAGGCUAUCCUGGGCUUGGUCAAGGCCAGUCUGAAGGAGGCGCAACUGGAACCUGCAGAUCUAGAUGUCAUUUGCUAUACCAAAGGCCCGGGAAUGGCGCCUCCACUGCUGGUCGGCGCUAUUGUGGCACGCACGUUGUCUCUGCUGUGGGAAAAGCCGCUGCUCGGCGUAAACCACUGCAUCGGCCACAUCGAAAUGGGUCGUCUGAUCACCGGCGCCCAAAAUCCCAUAGUCCUGUAUGUAAGCGGCGGCAACACCCAGGUGAUUGCCUACUCCAAUCAGCGAUAUCGCAUCUUUGGCGAGACCAUUGACAUAGCCGUGGGCAACUGUCUGGAUCGAUUUGCGCGAAUCAUCAAGCUGUCCAACGAUCCCAGUCCUGGCUACAACAUCGAGCAGCUGGCCAAGCAAAGCAGUCGCUAUAUUAAGCUGCCCUAUGUAGUCAAGGGCAUGGAUGUGAGCUUCUCUGGGAUUCUGUCCUACAUCGAGGACCUGGCUGAGCCGGGCCGGAGGCAGAAUAAGCGGAAGAAACAGCAGGAAGCGGAGGUCAUAGAUUACAGCCAAGCGGAUCUGUGCUAUUCCCUGCAAGAAACCAUCUUUGCCAUGCUUGUGGAGAUCACAGAGCGCGCCAUGGCUCACUGCGACUCCAAUGAGGUUCUCAUUGUAGGCGGCGUGGGCUGCAACGAGCGUCUCCAGGAGAUGAUGCGUAUUAUGUGCGAGGAGCGGGGCGGAAAGCUUUUCGCCACCGAUGAACGUUACUGCAUCGACAAUGGUUUAAUGAUUGCCCAUGCCGGUGCGGAGAUGUUCCGCUCUGGCACCAGGAUGCCCCUCGAGGAAGCCUUUGUAACACAGCGAUUCCGAACGGAUGAAGUGUUGGUCAGUUGGCGGGAGGACUAAUCACAUGUGCAGCGUGCUUUGUUUGUUUAUUAAAUAACUAAUUUCGGUAA